AUGUCGGCGUGGCUCGGCCGGGCGGCGCUGCUGCUGGGGCGGCCGGGGCGCCCCGCCGCCGUCCCCUCAUCCUGCCUGGGCUCGCUGCGGGGCCCGCGGUGCUGCUGCCGCCGCCGCCUGGGCAGCCUGCGGGGCGGCGCCGAGGGGCUGCUCCUGCCGCGGGGUUCGCGGGCGCUCGGCACCCACCCCAAGAAGGAGCCGAUGGAGGCGCUGAACACGGCGCAGGGGGCCCGCGACUUCAUCUACAGCCUGCACUCCACCGAGCGGAGCUGCUUGCUGCGGGAGCUCCACCGCUUCGAGUCCAUCGCCAUCGCCCAAGCAUUCAGGUAUCCUAAACCACUGGUACCACUUGAGAAGCCAGCAGAGGAAGUAGAGUCACCAGAGACGACCAGUGAAUUUGAGAAGUUGGAGGUUGCACCACCAUCUCCAGGACAACUGAGACAUGUGUUCUUCCACAACGCAUUACCUUUUGUAGGGUUUGGAUUUUUGGAUAACGCAAUUAUGAUUGCUGCGGGAACCCAAAUAGAAUUGUCAAUUGGAGUUGUCUUAGGAAUUUCAACUAUGGCAGCUGCAGCUUUGGGAAACCUUGUUUCAGAUUUAGCUGGACUGGGUCUUGCAGGUUAUGUAGAAGCUUUGGCUUCACGACUGGGUCUGUCAAUCCCUGACCUGACACCCAAACAAGCUGACAUGUGGCAGACCCGUCUCAGUGCACACUUGGGUAAAGCUAUUGGAGUGACCAUUGGCUGCAUUUUAGGAAUGUUUCCUUUGUUGUUCUUUGGCGAGGAGGAAGAAAAACUGGAAGAAAAAUAAUAAUCUUUUUACAAGACAUAUACAAAUGUAAACUACUGUACCUCAAUUAUUCAAUUAUGCUGUCAAUAUUUAGGAAUUAACAGACAGUAAAAAAAUGUAUAGACUUGGGAACAAAACCUUCAGCAUGUCAUUUUAUGGAAACACUAAUUUAUUGUGGCCUUGUUGUGUUCAGUACUUCUUUUUAUAAGAUACCAUCUAACUUUUUAUUUAAUUGUAAAUUUUUAAAGUGUUUUCACUUAUGGCAAGAUGUUUACCACUUUCCCCUUUGAACUUAUUCUUUAAUGGAUUAUUACUUCAAUUAUCCAUCAUGGAUGACAGUAUCACUCUUGAGUUGCAUAUUGGUUCCUUAACAGUUGUAAUUGCAUGACAGAAAUAUCACUGGUGUCCAUCAGGUCCUUCAAUGCAGAUUAUUAAGAAGAUCAGUGAUGAGUAAGUCGAAGUCCCUCACUUUGCAAGGUGACUGGUUGCCUCUCACCAGCCAUCAUUUUACACUGCCUUAGAUUAGCUAUUUCAGUGAUCUUUGACAGUAUAGUUUCAUUUUUGUCACAAUUCUGACUGUAGCAUCUCUGAGUUGUCUUCUGAGAUGAUCAUGUUGAUGCUUUGACAAGGUAAGUGUUUCCAGUGUAGGCUCUCUACCAAGUCCAUUUUUAAAGUAAUGUUUGAACACCUUCUGUACUUCCAUAUUCAUGCCUCAUUUCUCCUUGUUCCCAAAACAGUGUUUUGAGAAUUGAGUUGAAAUAUCCUUAAAUUUGUCUUCCUCUGGUUUGAGUGUGGUAUUAAAGAAUUCAGGCCAACUGCUUCUAAACCACAAACAACUUUUAAAAUUGUUCCACUUAAAAUAUGGUAUGAAUAGUUGAUUGGGUAGGUGAGGUCAGGGAGCAGUUCAGGGUAUGAAUGAAUGCUGGCAUUGCAAGUUUGUAAUGAGUGGUUCAGUUGAAAUGUUAAGUGUACCAUCAGUCUGGAUUAGAGGACCUGAUUUGAUGAUAAUACCUUUAUGUUCAUCAUCAAAGAUUAAAGCCUUUGCUACUCUUUUUUUUUCCUGAGACAAUUAGUUAAAAAAAAAAAAAAAAAAGGCAACAAAAAUAGGAGAAUUGAGGCUUCUAAAGUGUUGGUUUUUUUUUUUACUUUUAUUUUGCAGUCUUACUUGGGAUAUUAUAGACCUGACAGUGCAGUAUCAUGUAACUCUGCUUUUUUAUAUGGUUAUAAAUAAAAUGAUGACAACUAUUGAAUAUUCAUGCUAUUUCAGGAUCUUACUUGCCACUAGCAUAAUGCUAAACUGCUAAUUACCGUGUUGAAGAGAAGGUUUUUUCCUUGUUUGAAUACCAUUUGGAGAAGCCACUAAAAAGUGGCACAGCCAGGGCACUUUGAAAAUUUUAUUGCUGAAAUUGCUAGCACUUCUGAAACCUAGAAAGAAAUGUUUAAAAAAAAUUAAGUCUCCUGAUGAUUUUAUUUGCUAUAGGAAAAGUCUUAUUGGAACAUGUGUGUGUUUUACAAAGUUCGUUGCUUAUCUCACUGUUAUAAAUCUGACUUCUCUGUUCUCAUUUCUAGAAGCCCUUUAACAGCAAUUCUGAAACUGACUUUAAUGAGGGUGACACUUGUAUCUGUUUCUUGAAAAGCAGAUGCUGAAAGCUUGGAGUGAGUAGUCCUAGUAGUAUGUGCUGUACUUUGUCCAUUAAACCAUGAAAAUCUGGAUCGAGCUGUAAAACUGAACGAAAGCUCAGCCAAGCAUCAAACACAAAUGCAGAGAAGUUUAGGCUUGCACUUUAAAGAUGGAAGCUUUUUUAAAAUAAAAUUAAAUAAACCAACAACAAACCCUACAACUCUAACAAAACAAAAAGCAAACAAACAAAAACACCCAAACAUCCCCAAUCCACAAAAACAAUCCAGAAAGGCAAUUAUGCACUCUUUCACCAAUAGAUUGCUGCUGGUUUACAGUACUUCAGUGUUCAGAGGGUUUUUUUUCACUCAUCCACACAUUUGUCUGCCUUAAACUUUUUACUGUUCUGCCUCUGCCUGCACUUUUAUUUCUAUACAAAAAUGUGUUUUCCACGUUUUUCUUAAAGUACAAGUUAAAGCAGUUUUGCAUAGCUUCUUUUAUCGCUGUUCUUAAAAUUAUUUCAACACUGUUUCUCAUUAAGAUACUGGCAUCUUGAUUGGAAUCUUCCAGCAGUGGCCAAAUCUCUGUUCUUUGGUGUUGUACCAUCAGAACACUGUAUUCAUCACUCCAGUACAACUCAUGAGAACAAUUGGAAGGUUGUGCCAGCUGUCAGCGUAGUAUUUGUUUUAUAAUGGCAAUAGGAAAGACUGUGUACUAUUGUUAAAUAGCUUGUGCAUGUAAAUUGAGUAUCUUUUUUGCUGUAUGUCAAACUAUUGUACUGCUACCAGUGCUUUUAUUGAGAAUCAAUGAACUAAAAUAUCUUGAAAGAAGUUAAUCAUGUGUCGUCUUGUUAAACUGUUUAGUUGACCACAAAAAUGUGGAGGGCAAGUGACACAUGGUAAGAAAUAUUGGGUAUUUCAGUCUGAUACCAUAAUGAAAUAGGUGAUUUCUGGGGUUUCAUUAUUUGAUAAAAGUGAAGAAUAACUUGUGAUGUGAGAGGAUUGGUGGUGCUGCUGGAUGCUUGGAGAAGGUGCUUAUUGGGGCCAAUCUGCCCCCCUGAAAACCAGGUAGUUUCCUUUGGCUGCAGGAUCCACACUUACGUCGACAUGGCACUGCUUUGUGUGUAAGGGAAGAUCUGUGCCUGAUCUGUGCCCUGUCUCUCCACAAGGAGAGUGGGUUUUCUGCAUUAUAUGGAUGAAAGUAAUCCCUGAUGCUCUGAUCACGCUUAUUAAAACCUUAACUGGGAAGACAGAGUCUCCUUUUUUUUCUGGUACCUUCUCCCUCCUUGAUAAAAUAAAAAAAACAAAACACUGCAGGCUUGUUCAGAGAUUUCAGUAUUGCUCUAUUUUUAAUUCUAUCAGUUUGUCCUGUGUUUACAGGAUUUUUUUUUGCCUUGAAGGGCUGGUAGACCCGAAAUUGUGUUUGAAAUACUGUCUUCUGUUGUAACUUAAAUUAUAAAUGUAUCUUUGACUGUAUGUUAUCUCUAGGAACAAAGAACAUGCAUCUGAUAAUAGGGUUACCCAAAUCUUCUUGCCAGUGUUUUCUCAUGCAUGUACUUUUACAUAAAUUAUUUGAAUUUAGACAACA